AUUAUGUUAGCUUGAGCUCCGGCUGUCAAAGUGUUUAGCUCCAUAGCUCCACUAACGCUACCAGCUAGUUAGCCGUGUUUACACCCAUGGGAUGACGAAGAGAUGAGUAUUUGCCGCACUUAAGCUGAGAGCCACACAAUUUGUUUCAUGUAUGGCCUGAAAAGCCCUUGUCAUGGGACCUACUUAAAGGGAAAACGGGGGAGCACCAUACUGAACCUCUUCAUGAGUAAUGAACCCCUUCUGGAGCAUGUCUGCCAAUACGAGUCGUAAGAGGCCUGAUGGCGAGGACCAAGGCGGACAGGGGGAGCAGAAGACCAGCCCGCCCCGGCAGCCCUUCAGCAAGAAGCAGCUUCCAGCCAUCCCCAAGAAUGCAACCGCCGUCACUAAGCCCACAGGCAUGGGCAGCCCGGCCCACUCUGCCAACAGCCCACAUGUGCCCUACGGACCAUUUUACUUGGAGUACUCCCUGCUGGCCGAGUUCACACUCGUGAUUAAGCAGAAACUGCCUGGAAUUUAUGUGCAGCCGUCUUACAAGUCAGCGCUCAUGUGGUUUGGAGUCAUAUUCAUCAGACAUGGCUUAUACCAGGAUGGAGUCUUCAAAUUCACUGUGUAUAUCCCAGAUAACUAUCCAGACGGCGAUUGUCCAAAAUUAGUGUUUGACAUGCCAGUCUUCCACCCGCUCGUCGACCCAGUUUCUGGCGAACUUGAUGUCAAAAGAACUUUCACCAAAUGGAGACGGAAUCACAACCACAUCUGGCAGGUCCUCAUGUAUGCACGUACAAUUUUCUACAAGAUCCACACCACAGAACCCCUCAACCCAGAAGCUGCUGUGCUCUAUGAGAAAGAUGUGCAGUUGUUUAAGAGCAAAGUGGUGGACAGUGUGAAACUAUGCAACAGCCGUCUGUUUGACCAGCCCAAGAUAGACGAUCCCUACGCAAUAAGCUUUUCUCCAUGGAAUCCAGCUGUUCAUGAGGAGGCAAAAGAGCGAAUGUUCACAUACAAACAAGCGACACUGACUGUCCAGACGAAGGCUCCUCUCCACCUUGGUUUCAGAGACGACCUGAGGAUCACCACAAGGGAACGCAGGGCUCAGGCCUGUCCUGGGUCAAACCGGGAUCAACGCAGCCCUUCAGCAAAGACGACAGUCCCCCUCCGAGCUGAACCUGCACACGGCCACUAGAGGGAAGCACCUACACCACUAGCCACGCCACUUUUGCCUCCCCCAAUCAAUGUUUGUGAGCUGGAGUCCUCAAGAGAAGGAAAAAGAACAUUUGUUGUUUUUAUUGCUCAGCUUUAAAAGUUUAGCCCGCCAACAGCUUUAGCGUAAGGAAAACAAAGUUUCUAAGUAAAAUGACGAAUGGAUGUCUCCAAGUAAAAUCAAAGAGUCUUCUCUCAUAGAUGUGAGUGCAGUGGAUGACAUGCUCACGCUCUGGCUCAGGACUGUUCUACUCAUCAGACCAGGAAUGUCAAUCACAGCUGGGUUGAAGACCUCCAAUCUGUCAAUCUUGGCGCUGUUUGUAUUGUUUUCUUACCAAUUGGGUUUAUUUUUAAUGAUGUGCAAAGCAUUGUCUUACGGUUCAUAAUAUAUUGCGGAAUGGUUUUAAAUAUUCUCUAGAAGUAAAUUAGCAUUUUAUCUUUUUUUUUUUUUUUAAUUGGUGAUCAUUUAUUGAAGGGUAAGUUACGUAAAUAACGGUUGCUGUGUUCAAGGUUUGAUUUGAGGAGAUGGGAUGUCUUGAAAGAUUUUCCCAGUAAAGAUUGCAAUCUGAUUUAUUGCCCAUUUUCAGUCCGUUGGCACACAAUUCACCCAUGGCUCCAAAGGAUAAUCACCUUCGUUGAUGUUUUUCCCCACUGUUCCAGAUUAAUUAACUGUAUGACUGGUUUAAGAAUAUUAAUAGAUGGUGCUAAAAGCUGCUGGAUCUAUUUAUAGUCGCUGUGAAAGGACAAAUAUGUUGCUGCCAUUUAGCCUCCCAUCUUAAUCAAACUAUUUUAUUGGACUUCUGUUCACCACAGACCCUUUGCGUUGUGUGUGAAUGACAUUAUUGCAUAGAUCUAUCAAUGCUUUUCUGUUCAUGACAAUAAAAGAUUGAUUUAA